ACAGACCGCACAGCUUCAGACUAUCCACGCAUCGAAUAGCAAUACGACAUCGCCAAUCGUCAAGCAACAUUCAAUCACACGCACUCCUCAUAUAGAGAUUUCCGCUUCUACAAACACACACACACACGAUGGCUUCCAACAUCAUCCGCCAAAGAGUGCUGUCCUCGCUCUCACACACGGCUCGCUCGGCGCCAAUGGCCGCGCGCGCGACCGCCACGCCGUCGACACGGCGUUUCCUGAGCGAAAAGCCCGGCCUGGCGUCGACGGACAUCAGGGACAUCGCCGACGCCAGGAAGACGAACCCGCCGCAGCCCAAGAUCUCCAACGCCAGCGUGGGCGACGAGAAGCUCACCGACGAGCAGCAGCGCGAGGUGGACGAGCACAACGAGGACUUUGAGAAGAAGCACGACACCGCCGCGCCGGCCGGGAAGGACAAGGUGGACAAGAAGUUCUGGACUAAGCGGGGCGGCAGCGGCGCAUGAAGGGUUGUCGGGCUAGAUGGAUGGACGACGGAAGCCGAGGACGAACGAUCGCGUGCUGAU